CGCGCGAGCACUUGCACUGCGAUCUGAGUCUCUCGGUUCAUCGCCCUGGUCCUCGACCUGCCCGAGUACCAUACCUUACUGAGACGCGCAGGGGAAGGAAGGAACGGGACCGGAAGCGCCCCAGAAACGCACCACCAGCCGCGCUUAAAAUGAGCGACUCACCUCGUCAUCGCCGCACCCCGUCUUCCUCGUCACCACCUUCCCUCCGUUCGUCCCCAAUCUCUCGACUCCAGCGCAUUGCAAACCACAUGGCGCCGGCGUCCACAACACGCUUCCCCGCGGAGGUGGUUCCUCAGGCCCCUGAGGACCCCCUCUUUGGGCUGAUGCGAGCAUACAAGGCCGACCCAAGUCCAAACAAGGUUGAUCUGGGAAUUGGCGCGUACCGCGACGACAACGCAAAGCCCUGGAUCUUGCCAGUGGUCAAAAAGGCCGACGAAAUCCUGCGCAACGACCCAGAAGCGAACCACGAAUACCUCCCCAUUGCCGGGCUUGCGUCGCUCACCAGCAAAGCCGCCGAUCUGCUGCUCGGGAACUCGGCGCCCGCCGUCGCCGAGAAGCGCGUCGCCUCCGUACAGACCAUCUCGGGCACUGGCGCCGUUCACUUGGGUGCCCUCUUCCUUGCCAAGUUCUACAAAAUCAAUGGCGCCAACCGGACCGUCUACCUUAGCAACCCGACCUGGGCGAACCACCACCAAAUAUUUACAAAUGUCGGCCUGCCGAUCGCCAGCUACCCGUAUUUCAACAAGGAGACCAAGGGGCUGGAUAUCGACGGGAUGAAGGCGGCGCUCGCGGAGGCGCCGGACGGCAGCGUCAUCCUCCUGCACGCUUGCGCGCACAACCCGACUGGCGUUGACCCCUCUCUGGAGCAGUGGGGCGAGAUUGCCUCGUUGAUGAAGGCGAAGGGCCACUUCCCCUUUUUCGAUACCGCCUAUCAGGGCUUCGCCUCGGGCGACCUGGACCGCGAUGCCGGCGCCAUCCGGCUGUUUGUUCAGAUGGGCUUCGAGUUGGUGAUCGCGCAGUCGUUUGCCAAGAACUUCGGCUUGUACGGCGAGCGCGCCGGCUGCUUCCACUAUGUGGCCGCUCCGUCCCCUGAAGCCGCCGAGAUCACGACGCGCGUGGCCUCGCAGCUUGCCAUCCUGCAGCGCUCCGAGAUCAGCAACCCGCCCCUUUACGGCGCCCGCAUUGCAUCUAUCGUCCUCAACGACCCAGCGCUGUUUGCCGAGUGGCAAGAGAACCUCCGUACCAUGUCGGGUCGCAUCAUCGACAUGCGCAAGAAGCUGCGGGGCAAGCUCGAGGAGCUGGGAACUCCCGGCCAGUGGAACCACAUCACGGAUCAGAUCGGCAUGUUCAGCUUCACGGGGCUCAGCGAGGCUCAGGUCCUCAAGCUGCGGUCCGACUACCACAUCUACAUGACCAAGAAUGGGCGGAUCAGCAUGGCAGGCCUGAACUCGAGGAAUGUGGACUACGUUGCCACGGCUGUGGAUAGAGUGGUCCGCGAGGUUCAGUAAAGCCUUGCUUCGUUGCGAAGCACAGCCGAGCCGAUCCUAGCAUUGGCGAAUGGAAGACACACUAUGAGGUCACGGGUUUCUAUAUGGCAAAUGUGGUUCGAUCUGGCGCAGUAGCGUGCGAUGGCAUAAAGGGGGAAAAAUUGCUGUCCUUGGUUUUCGAUCAUGUGUUUUCAACCUCGAGAUGCGCUGAUAUAGGACCACUCACCUCUGGCUACCUCGAUCCCAAGGGAACCUUGGAUGAUCCGCAGCUGUACAUAGGAAUAAAGCGUGAAAUGGCCUGUUGGUACGUUGCAAGAACACGGGAUACAGACAUGAUCACGAUAUUCUCGUUGUCUCAAGCUUGGUAGCUGAGCGCGAGCACAUAUUUGGGCAAGCAACAGAAACACAAGACCCGGAGCCCUUUUUCUUCCCACUCGACCAACCACACCCGUCCAUGCA